CGAUCUCGUUUCCUAUUCACUUUACCAAGACUCAUCAUAAUCGCGUGAGAAUUUUUUGCUGAUGAUAAAGCAAGAGAGUACAUUAUUCAUCAGCGUUCGACUUGCUCAAAACUAGAAUUCACCAUGGACUUUAUCACUGAUGAAAUUUGGCAUAAAGCCAGUGGCUGCACUGCAGUGCAUCGAAAGACGCCAGCCAGAUACUCUGUCUUCCACACAUUGUCUAUCAUCGGCAAUUUCCUCUCCAAAUAGCAUCAAGAUAUCGACACUGAAACAUGUCAGCCUCCACGUUCAAGAACAAAGUCAGCAUCACACAUAUAGGAACGGCUACUGCCAUCCUCGACAUUGAUGGCAUCAUCUUCCUUACCGACCCUUUCUUCUCCCCUGCCGGUACCGAGUGGAACGACGUCGCAGCCCUCAAAGUCCACGAUGACCCGGCUCUGAAGCUGGAAGAACUACCGCACAUCGACGCCGUUCUCCUGAGUCACGAGAACCACCCCGAUAACCUCGAUGAGUUCGGACGCCGACUCCUCGACGGCCGUCACGUAGUAACAACCAACGAUGGCGCAAAGAACCUCGCCCCCCGGCCCAGUGUUCUUGGUUUCAGCGACUGGCAAGAGAGAGAUGUUCGCAUCGCAGGAAAAAUGUUCCACAUCACUGCCACGCCCUGCAAGCACUGGCCUGGACACGAAUGUGUCGGAUUCGUUGUACACACUGAGGACUUUGGAGUGGCAGCUGAUGGUCGCCCGAACGCCAUAUACUUCUCUGGUGACACCGUAUACAUCGAGGAGCUGGCGAAGAUCGCAGAAAAAUACCACAUUACCGUCGCCCUCAUGAAUUGCGGUAAAGCAACCUUUUACGAGUUCACCGAUGAGGGAAAGCCGGGUCAGCCAGGCGAUAGUUUACAGAUCACCAUGGAUGGCCGACAGGCUGCUCGUCUCCUGAAGGACCUUAAGGCGGAUGUGCUUGUUCCUAUGCACUACGAGUCGUGGGAUCAUUUCAAACAAGGUGGAAAUGAGCUCGCGCAGGAAUUCAAAGAGGAAGGCGUCCUGGAGAAGGUUCAUGCUGAUUUAUCACUGCUGACAGUCGUGGCUUUCUUCCUCGCCAUCAUGAACACAUGGGGCAUGAUAAUAUCCUACGGUGUCUUCCAAACCUACUACGUCUCCACACUCCACAAAACACGGUCCGACAUCGCCUGGGUAGGCUCCAUAGCCGUCUUCCUCCUCUUCUUCACCGGUAUCGUCAGCGGGCGUCUCACAGACGCAGGCCACUACCGCUAUGUCACAGCCACUGGAGCGUUUCUGGUUGUACUAGGUACCUUCAUGACUUCUCUGAGCGAGACUUACUGGCAAGUUCUCCUCGCACAGGGCGUCUGCACGGGUCUUGGGAAUGGGUGUUUACUUACGCCCAUGUCGACGCUUGUCACGACAUAUUUCAGGAGAAGGCUACCGCUUGUUACAGGCAUUGCGGCGUGUGGGAGUGUGACUGGGGGACUCAUUUACCCUAGUAUGGUGAGAACGCUGUUGCCGAGUAUUGGCUUUGGAUGGACAUUGAGAGCGAUCGGGUUUAUACAGUUGGGUACUUUUGCGGUUGCGCUGGUGUGUGGGAAGCCGAAGAGAGCAGCGCGGAAGUCGGGUCCGCUGUUGGAUGUGUCAGUCUUUAGGGAGACUGCAUUCAACUUACUCCUCGUAGGAUCCUUUUUGGCCUUCUUGGGCGUCUUCUUCCCAUUCUUCUUCCUCAGUUCGUAUGCACGAGAGAAGCGGGGAAUGUCAUACACCGACUCUCUCAACCUUACCCUGGUUCUGAAUGGCAUCGGAUUCGCAGGUCGGCUACUACCAAGUUUGAUUGCCCGGUACUGCGGUACUAUGAAUGUCUACAUAACAUUCAUUUUCUGCUCUGCGCUAUGCAUGUAUACCUGGAUACCGGUACACUCGACUCCCGGGCUAUACGUGUGGACAACUUUCUACAGUCUCUCUGUCGGAGGAGUCCAGUCGCUCUCCCUAGCGAUCGUCCCCAUCAUUAUCUCGGAUACGUCUAAGAUGGGAGCCUCGUUUGGCAUUGUGUUCGCGGCUAUUGGAAUUGGCGCGUUACUGGGUUCUCCGGUAUGUGGCGCUAUCAUUACAUCGAGUGGGGGAUCAUAUGCUGGAGCACAGGCAUUUUCGGGCAGUGUAUUAGUGGCUGGAGGGCUCAUCAUAUUGGCUGCACGUGAAGCGAAGAGGCGGCAGAAACGGGAGGAUGUUUGGGUGAAGAUGUAAUGGGCGAACAUUCAGGUAUAGCAAGCCUCCAGUGCACUAUAGUUGUAGCUUUAGCUGUUGAGUGCGUUUCCGAUUGAGGUAAAGACAG